UCACAUGGGCUCACAAACAUUUAAAGCUGGACGUGACUUGCUGGAAAUAAUUCAAUAACAGAAUUAUGAACAACCACUUUAAUAAUAAAACACAACAAUCUGAGGGUGUUUUGGCUCGAAUUCUGUUGUGUUGUUGCAGUUACAGGGCAGCUGUAGUGUUGUGUGGGCUUUUUCACUCACACUUGUUUUUCAAAGGGAUUGCUUUAAAUCUCAUGCAUUUUACAGAAGCAGCUCCAUUGCUUUAAACAUCAACUUCAAUAAUCAUACUUUUUUGCAUAACCAUUGUAAGGCUGUAUUUGAAAGAAUUGAAUAGCAUUCUGUUAAUUAUGCAUUCUGACUUACCUACAUACAGUAAUGAUUAUCCAUACAAAUCCCUGAUCAUGACCUGCCACACAUGUUCCAUUGAAUGGGUUAAAAACCAACUGAGAUCUGCUGUCUGUGGUAGGAAUGUAUACAUACAUGAAGUAAAUUACUGGCAUCCGCAUUGUUACAGUAAUUGGAACAUGAUUAUAAUGUAUAUGUGCUGUUUUCUUUGCAGGCUCCGAAUUAAUGCCCAAAGCCCUUUCCACCAGAAUCAUUGGUGGUAUCUGGUGGUUCUUUACUCUCAUCAUUAUAUCAUCCUAUACGGCCAACCUAGCAGCAUUUCUGACAGUGGAGCGUAUGGAAUCCCCUGUGGACUCGGCCGAUGACUUGGCCAAGCAAACAAAAAUUGAAUACGGUGUUGUGAAAGAUGGGGCCACAAUGACUUUUUUUAAGAAAUCAAAAAUUUCCACUUUUGAGAAGAUGUGGGCAUUUAUGAGCAGCAAACAUAAUACGGCGCUUGUGAAGAACAACGAGGAUGGAGUCCAGCGAGUGCUUAAAGCUGAUUAUGCAUUCUUAAUGGAGUCAACGACUAUUGAAUACGUCACUCAAAGGAACUGCAACCUGACCCAGAUUGGAGGUUUGAUAGACACCAAAAGCUAUGGAAUUGGAACACCCAUGGGUUCUCCAUAUAGGGACAGACUCACCAUUGCGAUCCUUCAGCUUCAAGAAGAUGGUAAGAUGCAUAUGAUAAAAGAGAAGUGGUGGAGAGGGAACGGCUGCCCUGAUGAAGAGAACAAAGAAACCAGUGCGCUUGGGAUCCAAAACAUCGGAGGCAUUUUCAUCGUGCUGGCAGCAGGACUGGUCCUGUCUGUGUUCGUAGCAAUAGGAGAGUUUGUGUAUAAACUGCGGAAAACAGCUGAGCGCGAGCAGAGAUCCUUCUGCAGUGCCAUGGCUGAUGAAAUCAAACUGUCAUUUACGUGCGAGCGGAGGGUCAAACACAAGCCACAGCCACCGGUUAUGGUGAAGACAGAUGCCGUGAUCAACAUGCACACGUUUAAUGACAGAAGGUUACCGGGGAAAGACAACAUGACCUGCAACACCGGACUGACACCUGUGUUUCCAUAAACUUGAAUCAGGAUGCAUUGGCCCUAACGUGGUUGGAGAGAAAACUGCUGGGGCUGCUUCAGUGACAAAGCACUUAAUCAGAACAAAUUCACAUCAAAUUCAGUUUUACAUGACGGGGGGAAUGCAGAGCGGGGGAAACGGUGUUUUUUUUUUUUUUUAAAUAGGGCUCAGCCUACACAUCAGUGUCCAAACAAUUUGCAUCUGAGUCUGCUGUUUACGUACAAAUACGUUUAUGUGCAAAAUACACAAAUACUACCACAUGAAACAAACAAAAAAGAAAGCAGGCCAGUGGAGAACUCCACAGUCGAAUGGCCUGCAAUUCGAAAUCAUUCAGCAUGGCAAUAAAAGAACUUCUGUUACUGACUAAAAGUGUACAUUGAAGCAGAGAAGUCACAGAUAGCACAUUGCAGGUGUACGUACAAUAAAGCUGCUACAUAUUGGCAAGAUGUUCCUCUGCAGAUCACGUUGACCAGUUACCUCAAUGCUGUGUAGACUUCCUGUUCUACACGCCUGAUCACUCUGAUUUUAGUCACAGAAAAAUCUCAAAGGACAUUAAAAAAACAGGCAUGGCUGGGACCAUGAUACCAGAACUUUUUUUUCUACAAAAACAACUUUUGCUUGGGAGUUGCAGUCUCUAAUAAUGAAAGAAAUCUGUAUCGGUGAGCAAGAAGGAAGUACAUUUGUUUAUCCCGGUGUUACAGCAAUUUAGGUCCCCAGUGGCCUUGGUCUGACAGCGAAUGCACGUAUCAGACAGGGUCACAGUCAUACAGGGAGCAUAAAGUGGUUAGUCAACAGGUCAUCACCAGCGGGAACUGAAUAAUUUCCAGCCCUAGCAGGAACUAGAAAUUCCGAAAUAAAGUCAUGUUUUCAUACAUUGUGUCCAUUUUUUUUCAGACAAAAAUUAAAUAAAAGGUUUAAUUUGUGCGCAAUCAGAACAUUUCCCAAUUGUUCUUUUCUAAAGGUUUAGAUUUGAAAGAAUUUCAGUACAAGAUUUUUCAAUAAUUACCAAAGAUCU